AUGGCUGCUUCCAACACGAUAACAUACACGUGGGCUGCUGAAGCCGCCGCCGAGAUCGUGUCCCAGAAAUUAGAGAUGUUGCUCUCUCACCCGGUGUGCCUAAGGUGCUCAUUGACAGAACCGCUCGCGAAGGAGGCCAGGGAGAAGCUGGCCAUGAUCCAAGAGUUCUUUUCCACGCGAGACAGCUUGUCCCCGAGCACCAUGAGGUGGUUGGGGCGGCUCCUCCAAGCCAUGUACGACGCCGAGGAAUUCAUCGACAAAUUCCACCUCAGAGAGGCCCGCGGAAGGCACAAGGCCCUGCACAUUGCCACGAGGCCGCCCACCGCGCUCAUCUCCAGGUGCAAGCUGCGGAGGGACCUGUCCAAUCUGGUGAAUAAGAUGCGGGAGUUGUGUCAAGAUCAGUGCUUCACAGGCAAGGAGGCCAAGGGCAAGACGAGGAAGGCCUCCUCUGCUAGUGUUCCUGGGAAAGACGAGAAACAGGAAAGGCUGACUAGUUUAUGGGAUUGGCAAGCGUCGAUUAACUCCUUAUGGCGGGAGAAAAAGGAGGAAAUAAAGGAGAGGAUUGGGGAGGGACCGAAAUCGGGGAAUCUCGGUUGGACUUUAAUUAGGGGUGAGCCAGGUGCCGGCAAGACGUCCGUCGCGAGAUGGGUCUACAGGGAAGCGAUGUACCUGGGCUUCAAGUGGCGUGCUUGGGUCCACCUCUCGCCCAGCAUGGACAUGCAGGAGUUCUUGUUCGAGGUACUGAAGCAAAUUAGGAAGCUGGCGAGGGAGCUGAAGGACAUGAACUUGCAGGAGAUGACGGAAAUCCACCCCCAUGACUUGGCCAAGUGGAAGAAGUUCCUCAUCGUGUUGGAUGGCGUGCACACGUCCAACGUGCAACUCUUGGGAGGGUUAGCGAGAAUCCUGCGUCAUGGGCAGGGCCACAUAAUCAUCACGACUCAAGACGACCUCAUAGCCAAUACCAUGGGCGGUUUCGAAAAGCCGAUCGAGCCGAAAAAAUUGAACCAAAAAGAAAGCCGGGAAAUGCUCUCCCUGAAGUUGCGUGGAGUGCCCGACGUUCAGAAGCUCUCGAAUGAGGAGGAGGCUAUCCUAGAAACGUGUCAGGGCUCGCUGCUCCGUAUAUCCUUAAUUCUCGGAUUUCUGCCACAUGCUGGAAAGCAGGAACGCGCGGCGUUGGCGAAAGAUGGUUCUAAGAUGUCAUUAUUAGAUCUCCUGAAGUUGAGUUACCAGAAAUUGCCGGCCCCUCUGAAACCGUGUUUCAUCUACAUGGUUUUGUUCCCCCGAGCAACCCCGAUUCGAACGAGAAAGCUAGUGCGGCUGUGGUUGGCCGAGGGCUUAUUGGAUAUGCAUUGUUGUGGCGGAGAAUGGAAAACGACAAGGGCGCCUGAGGAUGUGGGAGAGACUUUCAUUCUGGAGCUCGCGGAAAGGAACAUGAUCGAUGUGGCGAGCUGGAGGGCAGAUGGAUCCCCCAAAACUUGCCACAUGCUCAACUCUCUGUAUGACGUGAUCCACCCGAUCGCGAUGGACACAGGGUUCCUCUACGUGCAUGACGCUAGGAAGUCGAAAGACGAGAACGACCGCUACCCAACUGGCCAGCAACAAGAGCUCCUGGCACAACCACGAGAAACCAAGGUCCGGUGGCUUGCAGAGCACACAAACAUAGUCAGAGACAGCCGCAGCGGCAGCUACCCUGAUUUGAACCUCCGCUACGUCCGCUCGUUUCUGUCGUUCUUCAUGAGGAGAGGCAUGCUCACCAAGGAUAUCAGCACGUUCCUUAGGAAGAUGACUUCCAAGACUGCCUAUAGAUUGCUGAGGGUACUUGACUUGGAAGGUGUGUAUAAGCCAUCCUUGCAUGGUGUGCUCCAUAAGCUGGUGCUCUUAAAGUACCUAGGUUUGAGAUCCACGGCGUUGCCCUCAAUCCCAAGAGCAGUUGCGGAUCUGCAAUACCUUGAGACUCUUGACAUAAAGGACACCUACAUCACUUCCCUGCCGAAUUCCUUCUGGAUGGCAAGGAACUUGAGGCACCUGCAUCUAAACUGGUUCUACAUCAACCUGAAGACCAUCUUCAAGGCUCGCAGCAACAAUGUCAUGGCCUUGAGUAGACUCCAAACCUUAAGCGGGCUGGUUAUGGGUGAAGUCAAGGAGAACUCCGUCCAGAUGGAGAGCUUGACCAAGCUGAAGCUUUUCUUGCACCAAUUGGAUAGGGAUACCUCAGGCUCUGCUGGAAAAGCAGUGGCCGAUUGGAUUAGCUCUAGGCUCCCCAAUCUCCGGUCCUUGACCUUUGGGGUGACCAAAAAAGCCCAGCCUGCGAAAGAAGCCAAGAAGAAAACAUCGCAGAUAGGUCUGUUACCGGAAUUGGCGUUGGCAGGACAUCGCGAACUGUUUGCGCUCUACUUGCUAGGCCAACUCAAAGAACCCAACUGGAAACAGCUCUUGCCAGUCUCGCUCCAGGUUUUGACUCUGUCGGGCUCGAAAUUGGAGGCAGACAUGAUGGCCGAGUUGGGUGGUCUCCUGAAACACCUGAGGACGUUCAGGCUGUUGGGCAAUUCUUUCCUGGGCACUAGUCUGAAGUUCGCCAGAGAUGGGUUUCCGAGCCUCUUGAUCUUGAAGAUUUGGAAGCUGCCUUGCCUUCGGGAGGUGAUUGUUGAACAAGGAGCAAUGCCACAUCUCAGACUACUCGAGCUUAGGCACCUAAAGAGCUUGACAACUGUUGAAGAUAUCGAGGAGUGCAAGGAAUUGGAGAAUAUAGAUGUCACAUCCGAAAGCGACACUCUUGUUAAAGAACUUAGGGGCAAAAUAGGAGUGAAGACGAAUCUGAAUUUUGAAGAAGACAUCGAGAGGUCGGAAGACGGUGACGACAGUGAUGAUGAUAACAAGGCAACGGCUCCUUCUUGAAUACAAGCUACUACAACGAUUUUCGGAGCUGAACAUAUGUAUAUGUCCCACCUUCCCACCCCUUAAUCCCUCCUCCUCCCUCUCUCUCUCUCUCUCUCUCUC